UGAGGUGCGCCAACUUGUAAACGCACCUCUUCAAGAUCGCGAUGGACGUGGCCGUGACGCACCUCGACGCGGGCUCGCCGACGGGGUCGCUGGUGUGGACAGCGCUCAUGUACGCCGCUGCCAUUGGUGACGUCGGUCUCGUCGAGGCGCAGCUCACAAGCGACAAGAACAACAACAACAACAACAUUGUCCACGACACUGGCAGCACCAAACAAGGCUACUCGGCGCUGCACGUGGCCGUCAAAUUCGAUCAAAUCGAGGUCGCCCAGCGACUUCUCGCGCAUGGCGCCAACAUUGACGCUGUCGACGAGCACGGCGUCACUUGUUUGCAUGUGGCAGCGACGCUUGGCAACAUGCGCAUGGUGCAAUUGCUCCUGGAAGCAAACGCCAAGCAGCUUCCGUCAGCGGUGGGGACGCUUCCGCACGAGUGUGCGAGUGCACAAGGCCAUGCUGCGAUCGCAGCUCUCUUGGCUCCAACAGACGUCCAAGGUUCAACACAGCCAGGAGUCGAGCCAAACGACAACCAAGUGCACAUGUGGCUGCGCGCGAUCGGGCUCGAGAUGUACAUUUCUCUUUUUGACGCGGCGGGGUACGACGACCUUGGCUUCAUCAAGGACCACGGUCUCUCGAUGGAAGACCUUGCGGCGAUUGGAAUAUCCAAGCGAGGCCACCUCGCCAAGCUCAGCGGCUUGUACCAGCUCGACGACGUUCUACCUGCCUCAUCCUCCGAGGACGAGAGCGAUACGAGCUCCAACGACGAUGCAUCCAACGUCUCAGACUCGGACGACGAGGUGAGCGGAUCCGACUCGGACGAAUAAUGGGCCGG